AUGCCUGCCAAGGAGAUUGUUCAAGGAGACAAGAUGGGCGGUCCUCGAGAGGGAAGUCUUGAAGCGCAAUCAGUGGUACAUCCACAGGAAGCAGCUGUGGAUUCGCCAUCUGGGACAAGAGAACAAUCACAAAUUGACACAGUUGAUUCUGCUGGUACAGAAAAGUCGAGUCAAGUUUCUAAUGGGACUGACAUAGUGAAAAGCGAGAUUGAUGGUAUACCAGUGCGUUACUCGGAAGCGAUCUCCCUUGAUGGGCUCGAAUUGUCUGCGAACAACCGUUGUAGAGGAAAGAAAACUGUAGGACUGCAGAGUGAAAUAGAACCAAGAGGAAAUUUAGGAAAAGAGAGGCGAAGGCUAUUCUCAGCCCAAAAUCCAGACCUAGUACAAGAGUGUUUUGUUAAGUCUUCCUUGCGUUUGUUUCUGGGAGCACAGCAGCUGCACGAGGAGACCCUGGAGCAACUGGAGCUGAAGCUGCAGCAGCUGCUGGAGACAGCGCUGGUGGCUGCGGACGGCCCACCCCCGGCUACCAGGCAUCACCACCCCCACCUGCUGUACGACAGCGCCAAGUACCGCAACAGGGAUAAGCCUGCCAGGGAUGGUUCGCUGCCACAGAAACAGUUCCUGGCCCGAGAGUCGGUGCUCACGGAGAUGCUGAAGGUGCGGCACUUCCGCACCGUCUACAACAUCUUCAUCGCCACGCUGCUCAUGCUCUUCCUGCAGACAGCAGUCUACGACUUUGUCAUCGAAGGGCGAGUGAAGCUUGGCCUGUCGCUGGUGUGGUGGAACUUUUCCGGGUACCACACGUGUCUUUUUUUCUUAAACGCUGCCACUCAACAAUCCGAUGCUGGUUCAGGGUACGGGCGACGCGUUCUGGACCUUGGUGGCCUGGUGUCUCUGCUGUGGUUCCAGACGCAGUUCUUUGUGCUGCCGGCGCGAAUUGUGUAUGCCAACAGGCUGCCCCCCGUAUCUGCUAUGAUCAUUCUUGCCGAACAGGUAAGGAUGCUGAUGAAGACGCAUGCGUUCAUUCGCAGCAACGUCCCGCAUGUUCUGGCGUACAAGCCACAUACAGAGAGAAGUUCCAGGCUGGUUCCGGAAUUCAGCAAAUUUCUGUACUUCAUGUUCGUGCCUACACUGUUAUACAGGGAUUCGUAUCCAAGGACGAAAGAAAUCCGCUGGAAGGUGGUAGCCUGGCACUUGGCUGAGGUGUGUGCCGUCAUUCUGUUCAUCAGCAUCACCUUCGAGCGCAGCCUGCUGCCUCUGUUCGUGGACUUCGGGAAGCACCCUCCAUGUCCCCGGUCGCUGAUCGCCGCCGUUUUUGGAAGUAUGGUGCCGUCUCUUGCUGUGUUUCUUAGCUGCUUCUACUGUGUACUGCAUGCGUGGCAAAACGCAUUUGCUGAGAUUAUGGGUUUUGCUGAUCGCAUGUUUUACAAGGACUGGUGGAACGCGCGGUCGCACGCGGCGUAUUACCGCACGUGGAACGUGAUCGUGCACGACUGGCUGUACGAGCACGUGUACCGCGACGUGAGCCGCCUGCUGGGGCCCGGCCGGCGCACCCAGCCGCUGCUCGCCGUCUUCCUGCUGUCCGCUGCCGUCCACGAGUACAUCGUCACCUACACGUUCGGCUUCUUCUACCCCACGCUCUUUGUUGCGUUCGGCAUCUGUUCAGUGGGUCUGGUGUUCGUGACGCACGACCAGCUGAGGGGCGGCAACGUGAUGCUGUGGCUGCAGCUGAUGGUGGGCACCGGGCUGCUGGUCAGCGCCCACCUCAUGGAGUGGGAGGCCCGACAGCGCUGCCCUCCCGCCGUCGAUUCAUCUUGGGAUUUCUACAUUCCCCGGUCAUGGUUCUGCUUUUCGUCAUUGGAGGGCAUCUGAACUGUCAAGAACUAACACUAUGGCGAU